CGCGCGGGGCUGGAGCUGGGCCUGGGGCUGGAGCUGGGGCGGGCUCGUUCCCGCGCCGCCUCCGCUUCCCGCCCCGCCGCGCUGACGCCCAGGCCGUCCUCCCGUGCCGGCGUGCGGAAGGAUUUGAUGAACUUUUAUGUGAAGACAGACUAAAAUUGGUGCUUUCAGCUUGAAGAUCUGAAGGCAGUGGUUCUGGUAACACAAAGGUGGCAGCUCUGAGCCUUGUUCCACCAGCGGCUUUCUAUCCUACCCUGUGCCUUAAACAUGGAAACUGUAGAAAUGAAUAGUGUAUCCUUGAAACGUCCUCGUUCUGAGGAUGAUGUGGCCAAUGCAGACGAAAUUAAAAGACAGAAGAUCUUGGAGAAGUCUAAGGCAGGGAAUGACUCUGGGCAGAGUAUUGAGAAUGUAACAGAACAACCUGAGGACACAAAAAGUGCAAUAAUCCCCAAUGAGGAAAGUGAGGAGCAGGAAGAAGAGGAACUAGAGGACAGUGAUGAAGAUGGAGAUCCAGAGAGCUUUGCAGACAUGAUGAAGCAUGGACUGACUGAAAGCGAUGUUGGCAUAACUAAAUUUGUUAGCUCUCAUAAAGGAUUUUCUGGAAUCUUAAAAGAGAGAUACUCAGACUUUGUUGUCCAUGAAAUAGGCAAAGAUGGACGUGUGAGCCAUUUGGAUGACUUUUCUGUUCCAGUGGAUGAUGAGGACCCAUCAGAAGAAACAUUUACGGUUUUGUCAGACGAAGACAAGCAGCGUUUAGAGGAGCUCCAGCUUUUUAAGAAUAAGGAAACUAGUGUUGCCAUAGAGGUAAUGGAAGACACCAAAGAAAAAAGAACCAUCAUCCAUCAGGCUGUGAAAUCCUUGUUUCCGGGACUGGAGACUAAAACAGAAGAUCGAGAUGGAAAGAAAUACAUUAUUGCUUAUCAUGCUGCUGGGAAAAAAGCAUUGGCAAAUCCAAGAAAGCACUCUUGGCCAAAAUCUAGGGGAAGCUACUGCCAUUUUGUACUGUACAAGGAGAACAAGGACACUAUGGAUGCCAUUAAUGUCCUAUCCAAAUUUUUAAGAGUGAAGCCAAACAUAUUUUCCUACAUGGGAACUAAAGAUAAAAGGGCUAUAACAGUUCAAGAGAUCGCUGUUCUCAGAAUCACUGCACAAAGACUUGCUCAUUUGAAUAAAUGUUUGAUGAACUUCAAAUUAGGAAAUUUCAGUUACAAGAACCAUCCACUGAAAUUGGGAGAACUGCAAGGGAACCAUUUCACUGUUGUUCUCAGAAACAUAACAGGAACUGAUGACCAGAUAGAGCAAGCAAUGCAUUCACUCAGGGAAAUUGGAUUCAUUAAUUACUAUGGAAUGCAAAGAUUUGGAACCACAGCUGUUCCUACUUACCAAAUUGGCAGAGCUAUUCUACAGAACAACUGGAAUGAAGUAAUGGAUUUGAUAUUAAAACCACGACCAGGAGCUGAAAAGGGAUACUUGGUCAAAUGCAGAGAAGAAUGGGCAAAGACUAAAGAUCCAGCAGCAGCCCUCAAGAAACUACCUGUAAAAAGGUGCGUGGAAGGACAGCUUCUACGUGGACUCUUAAAGUAUGGAAUGAAGAACAUAAUCUCUGCAUUUGGCAUAAUACCAAGAAAUAAUCGUUUAAUGUAUAUUCAUAGCUACCAGAGUUAUGUGUGGAAUAAUAUGGUGAGCAAGAGAAUAGAAGAAUAUGGUCUUAGAGCUGUACCAGGAGAUCUCGUACUUAAAGGAGCCACAGCUGUUCACAUUGAAGAAGAUGAUGUUGAUAACUACACUAUCCAUGAUGUAGUGAUGCCAUUGCCUGGAUUUGAUGUUAUUUAUCCAAAGCAUAAAAUUGGUGAGGCCUACAAGGAGAUGCUGGUAGCUGACAACCUUGAUAUCAACAACAUGAGACAUAAAAUUAGGGAUUACUCACUUUCUGGAGCAUACAGAAAGAUUAUCAUUCGGCCUCAGAAUGUCAAUUGGGAAGUUGUUGCAUAUGAUGAUCCCAAAAUCCCAUUAUUUACUACGGAUUUGGAUAAACUGGAAGGAAAACCAUUACCAGUUCUCCCUACAGAUGGCAAAUUCAGGGCACUAAAGAUGGAGUUCUCCCUCCCCCCAUCCACUUACGCUACCAUGGCGAUUCGAGAAGUUUUGAAAAUGGACACAAGCAUAAAAAACCAGACACAACUGAAUACUACCUGGUUGCGCUGAAUGAACUGCAAAAUUACUUAAUUUUAACAAAGUGUUUUCUUAUUUACAUGUCCUGUACAAAUCUUUAAAGAGUCACAGUAAGAAAUUUGUAUUUUUUAAAGUUUUUUUUAGUGCUAGCAUUUAACUUCAGUAGUCCUUUGCAAGAUGGUGACUGUAAUAUAAUACAGAUUUUAGUGACUGGUGCUUUUUACUGAAUGAGUAAGUGCUUGAGCUGUAGUAUGGGUGCAUUUUUAGAAUUGAGCUUAUAAUGGCAUCAGACCUGGAAGAAUGUUUAGCUUGCUUUCUUUGGGCAAGCACUGAAUGUUUUCUGAACUGAAUGAGUUCAGCCGACCUUGAAGUCUUUUCAAAUACAAUGAAUUACACAAAGAAAGAUGAGUUACAACAAAAUUACGAAACUGAUGAACGGAGAUAUUGCUGGAGUUUUGCUGGUAGCAUUUGCACUGAUGCCAUAGCAAAUCCUGUUAGCAAGCCUUUAGUGUGCUGUAAAGCUGUACAGCUCUUUUAAAUAGUUCGACUUUUCAUUGAGAAAAUAAUUGUAUUUUCCAGCUAAUACCCUGAACUGAGAAACAGGUACUAAAAAUAAAUUAACCUGAAACUCUGA